AUGUACAGCCUGCUGGAGACUGAGCUCAAGAACCCCGUGGGGCCGCCCACCGCCGCGGCGGGUGCGGGCGGCCCGGGAGCGGCGGGCGCGGCUGGCAAGAGUGGCGCGAACGCAGGCGACCGGGUGAAGCGGCCCAUGAACGCCUUCAUGGUGUGGUCCCGCGGGCAGCGGCGCAAGAUGGCCCUGGAGAACCCCAAGAUGCACAACUCGGAGAUCAGCAAGCGCCUGGGUGCCGACUGGAAACUGCUGACGGACGCCGAGAAGCGGCCCUUCAUCGACGAGGCCAAGCGCCUGCGCGCCGUGCACAUGAAAGAGUACCCGGACUACAAGUACCGGCCGCGCCGCAAGACCAAGACGCUGCUCAAGAAGGACAAGUACUCGCUGCCCGGCGGCCUGCUGCCCCCCGGCGCCGCCGCUGCCGCUGCCGCCGCCGCCGCCGCCGCCGCCGCCGCUAGCAGCCCGGUGGGCGUGGGCCAGCGGCUGGACACGUACCCGCACGUGAACGGCUGGCCCAACGGCGCGUACUCGCUGGUGCAGGAGCAGCUGGGCUACGCGCAGCCCCCCGGCAUGAGCAGCCCGCCACCGCCGCCCGCGCUGCCGCAGAUGCACCGCUACGACAUGGCCGGCCUGCAGUACAGCCCCAUGAUGCCGCCCAGCGCCCAGAGCUACAUGAACGCCGCGGCCGCCGCCGCCUCGGGCUACGGGGGCAUGGCCCUGGGCCCGAUGGGCGCCGUGGUGAAGACCGAGCCCAGCUCGCCGCCGCCCGCCAUCGCAUCGCACUCGCAGCGCGCGUGCCUCGGCGACCUGCGCGACAUGAUCAGCAUGUACCUGCCACCCGGCGGGGACGCGGCCGACGCCGCCUCGCCGCUGCCCGGGGGCCGCCUGCACGGCGUGCACCAGCACUACCAGGGUGCCGGGACUGCCGUCAAUGGCACGGUGCCGCUCACCCACAUCUGAGCACAGGGCCGGAGGGGAGCCCCGAGGCCCGCAACCCCCACACACCCUUUGCCCACCCCCCA